AUGCCUCCCUCAAAACCAAAGCCAUCAGAGAUUGCUGCAGAGGCCAAGAAGACCUAUAUCCCAUGGAUUCGGCAAAACAUGUCCUUGAAAUGUCCACCUAAUUCCUAUCUCUGCUAUUCCGACUCGAUACCUACACAACCUUUAGAUACGGGUCGCCAGGUGCACUUCGGUAAGUAUCCAGUGCCGCAAAACACGUGCCCAAGUUAAUGGUAUAUAGCUUUCUACGAACGUGAUCCUGUUGAUCUUGCUAUAGAAUGGGCAAAUGAUACUUCAGAGCCUAUAGACCCUGUAGCAAUUCCAGUCAUAAUGCCAGCAAACGACAAGCGACCUGGGGGAGACUGGGAGGCUGGCGUCAUGUCUCCUGAAGAAUGUCUUUGUAGACGAAGCAAUUUGUUCGCAACAUUAACAACACCUGCUCCUGGAAACUCUGCGCCAAAUAAUUAUCCUAUACCUCUCAAAGCGGGCGUCUUUUCUCGAACCGUUGGUAUGUUAUUAUAUUUGUGAUACGAAUUUUCGCUAACUCUGCUCUUAGUGGUUUAUCGAAAUGGCCCAGAAAAAUAUGAAAUCUGGCAAGAGCCAAAAUCACUACCAGUGAUAUCGGUUUGUCCAGUUAAGCGGCCAAAACUUGAUAUCUCGGGCAAGAAAUACUCAUUUAAGCAAGAAAAGGAACUAAUGAGGGACAAGAUCCGGACGGCUUUGCGAAUUGCCGUGUACUACGGUUACUACAACAUUUGUAUCGGUAGCUUUGGGUUAGGGCCAGGUUUCCGCAAUCCCACCGAAGAGGUAGCCUUAAUGUGGCGAGACGCUUUUUUGAAGGACCCGGAAUUCCAAGGUCACUUUCAAGAUGUAGUAUUUGCAUUCGAGAAUCCAGAAGGACCCGGCUCUGGUUCAUCUAAAUCCUCAUCGUCAAAGUCUUCAUCUUCCAAAAGCUCAUCGGCUAAAAGCACUUGCGCUUCAGAUCUAGAAGUCUUCAAGAGUGUGUUUAAACCAAUGAAUAUCCAUGGGGCUUUCAAGUAG